AUGGAUACGAUAGAUUUUGACAUCAAUGAUGCUCUUAAGCAUUAUAUGAGCGACCCCGCGACUGUUGCGACACCAGAGGCAGAUUCCAACCUUGUCGAUUGCGAAAAUGACCCCGAAUCACUCACAAACGCCCUUGUCAACAGCGUAUUGAAUCCUAUCAUAGAUUCAGUUGCAGAGAAUCCAGAUGCUAUAACUAGAAGUUCCUCAUUUGAUUCCUUGCAAUUUUUGCUAAAGUGUGUACCAAUUUGUUCUCAAUCUACUCAAAAUUACCCCACCGAACCAGAUUCUGAACUCUUCAAACUUUCUAGAUCCUCUUCCGCCCUACCUACACAUGCUCUAAGCAAGAUAUUUGAUCUUAUAAUCUCCGGACUUUCUGCCGAAGCAGAUAUCAUCCAUAACGACCUCGAAACGGACGAACAAGAAUUAGUAGCUCAUCAUAAACAACUAUUAGAGAUCUUUGGAUUCCUGUUACAAUGGACAAUCGCAGCAGUAGAAACCAAGGCUGCCGAGAAGUCGACAUCUGCCCCGGCAGCUCGUGGAAGAGGCAAAACCUCGAAGACCAAAACAAGUGUGAAAAAUGAGAAUUGGGACUCAUCUGCCCAAUUACAAACAGCACUUGACACUAUGUGCAAGGUUUUGAAAUUAAAACUUUCAAAAAUAUUUCUAACAACAUCUGAGAGGGAUACAUUUAUAAGCCUAUUUACCAGACCUGUGUAUAUGGUACUAGAAAGCGAGCAAAGAGUAAAGAAUACACCUAUCCGGAUGCAUGCAUUUAAAGUGCUUUGCAUCGCUGUAAAGCACCACGGCCACGGUUAUGCUGCACAAAUAUCCAUUGUCCAAAAUUUGACAUAUUUCGAACACUUGGCCGAGCCUAUGGCCGAGUUUUUACACAUUCUUUCAGAACAAUAUGAUUAUCCUCAAUUAUCGGACGAAAUCAUUCGAGAGCUUAGUAAUAAAGAAUUUAAUAGCAAUGAUACCAAAGGACCAAAGUCAGUAUCGUCGUUUAUUGUCAAGCUCUCAGAGCUUGCUCCUAGGCUUGUCAUCAAGCAAAUGACUAUGCUGGCAAAACAACUGGAUAGCGAGAACUACGCAGUACGAUGUGCUCUUAUCGAAAUUUGUGGAAAUCUCGUUGCAGACUUGAGUAAACAAGAAGAACGUGGCGACAACCAUAAAUCGCAACUUAAUGCAUUUUUCGACGUCUUGGAAGAACGAUUCUUGGAUAUCAACCCAUACUGUAGAUGUCGAACAAUCCAAGUAUACAUCAAGCUCUGUGAACUCGAACAAAAGUUUCCAAAGCGUCGACAGAGAGCCGCAGAACUGGCAGCACGAAGUUUGGAGGAUAAGAGCAGCAACGUCCGCCGAAAUGCAGUCAAACUUUUGGGAACCUUGAUCAAAACUCAUCCAUUUAGUCUCAUGCACGGAUCACAGUUAAAUUUCAAAGAGUGGAAUUCUCGAUUGGAAGCCGUUGACGCCGAACUAAAUGCACUUAAGCCCCCAGCAGAGGCGGCUGGUUUAGCUGAUACUACCAGGGUGGAAGCUGAUACACAACUAUUAGACGAUGCUACAGUUCUAGAAUCGGAUUCUCCGAAGAAGGCUCAAGCACCUAUGAGCGACGAAGAAAAGAUAGCCACAAUUAAGAAAGCACAAGAAGAAGCUGCUACCUCAGAGGCAAUCAAUAAGUUGACUUUGACCAGGCGAUACUAUGUUGAAGCCCUUAAAUUCAUCGAAGUUUUGCAUGGAGCUACGACCAUCAUAUGCCAACUUCUUGGAUCGAAGAAUAAGAGCGAAGUUAUUGAGGCCAUGGAUUAUUUCGAAAUUGGCGAUGCUUACAACAUCGAACAAAACAAACUUGGCAUUAGAAGAAUGUUACGUCUCAUCUGGACGAAGGGCAAUAGUGAUGAAGGAAAGGGUGUUCAGAAUCAUCUUAUUGAUUGCUACAAGCGUCUGUUUUUUGAAGCCCCUGAUACAUACAGUGAAAAUGACGCCGCAAACUAUAUUGCACGCAACAUGAUCAGUUUAACAUUUGGAGCAACACCAGCUGAAUUGACUUCUUUGGAACAACUAUUAAGUACUAUGAUGAAGGCGAAUCAUAUCUCGGAUCUCGUCAUCUCAAAGCUCUGGCAAGUCUAUGGGGUCCAAAAGAGAGAAAUUUCAAAAAGUCAGAGGCGAGGCUCAAUCAUUGUUUUAGGUAUGCUUGCCACUGCAAGACCUGAAAUUGUGGUUGGAGAAAUGGAGACUAUGUUAAGAAUCGGUUUGGGUAGUCUUGGAAGAUCAGAUUUACAGUUGGCCAAAUACACCUGCCUCGCGCUUAGACGAAUUAAUCCUACCGGAAGACAAGCAACAGUGCAAACUUCAAAGCUUAGCAAUGACCAUGCCGUUCUCGGAAAGCUAGCCGCUAUAAUAGAAGUGGAGUCGGAUAAUAAGGAGUGGUAUGGAGUCGCUGAACAAGCGAUUAGUGCUAUCUACGCCCUUUCAAAACAUCCAGACAAUCUUUGCUCAGAGAUUCUUCGAAGGAAGACGAAACAUGUAUUCCAGCGACGAGCCACGACACCGCAUCAACCAAAAUUGGAUGAAGACAAUGAUACAGAUAUGAUGGACGUAGAUAUGAUGGAUGUGGAUACUGAAGAAAAAGCACCGGAAGAAGCGCAACCAACAGAGACCGAAACGCCGGCGCCACCAGAGAGCAAGCAAAAAGGCUCUCUUGCUUUAUCGCAACUUCUCUUUAUAGUGGGUCAUGUCGCCAUCAAGCAGAUUGUGCAUUUAGAGCUGUGCGAAAUGGACUUUAAGAGGCGGAAGGCAGACGCUGAAAAGAAUAAGGCAGCGGAAACACCAGACGAUAAAGCUGCAAAGGAAGCUGCUGAUGACUUAGAUAUGAUAGGAGGAACGACGGAAGAUGACUUUACUGAUGCCAUGUCGCAUAUCAGAGAACGUGAGCUGUUAUACGGACAGAAUUCCCUACUGGCUAACUUUGGUCCACUUGUGGCUGAAAUUUGUUCAAAUAAUACAACAUACAAGGAUCGCAAUCUUCAAGCAGCUGCCACCCAAUGCUUGGCAAAGCUUAUGUGCGUCAGUUCUGAGUACUGCGAAACGAAUCUUCCUCUUCUCAUCACUAUUAUGGAGCGAUCAAAGGAUCCAAUCAUUCGUUCGAAUGUUGUCAUCGCCCUUGGCGAUAUGGCCGUCUGUUUCAAUCAUCUUAUCGAUGAGAACACGGAUUUCCUUUACAGAAGACUGAACGACAAGGAUGCUAGUGUGAAGAGGACUUGUUUGAUGACUCUCACUUUCCUCAUUCUUGCUGGUCAAGUGAAGGUUAAGGGUCAAUUAGGAGAGAUGGCUAAGUGUCUCGAAGACGAUGACAAACGUAUCGCGGAUUUGAGCAGAAUGUUCUUUACUGAAUUGAGCACUAAGGAUAAUGCUGUUUACAAUCACUUUGUUGAUAUGUUCAGUUUGUUGAGUGCCGAGAAGGAACUUGAAGAGGAUGCUCUCAGGAGAAUUAUUAAAUUCUUGGCUGGCUUUAUUGAAAAGGAUAAGCAUGCUCGUCAACUUGCCGAUAAAUUGGCAGCUCGUUUAGCCAGAUGCGAGAGUGAGAGACAAUGGAAUGAUGUAGCGUAUGCUUUAAGCUUGUUACAACAUAAGAAUGAAGAAAUUACCAAGUUGGUACAAGGAGGGUUUAGGGUUGUGCAGGCUAGUGCUUGA